AUGCCCGCAGCCCAGACCUCCCUGGUGCGUCACGCCCACAUGCAUGCCGCCCGCGCCGACAUCAUCGAGGUUUUGGCCGACCGGGCACUGCGUGGUCGCGGAUCGAGCUGCCGGUUUUUCUGGGUUUCCCGCUGGGCCGUAACAAACAAGUCCACCCUCUUCUACACGCUGGAGGAGGCCCUGCUGCCGGUUGAAAACCAGCUCGAUACGAAAAUGAAGAUCACGGAACUCUUUGGUGCAACAUCUACUAUAGGCGAAGGAAGGGUUUUGCAUGAUGACAAUAAGUAA